UCUAUGUAUGCAUGCCGUGUCUCGCUGUGUCUCCCCCGAAUCCUCAUGGCCCUCUGGUCGCCAUCAUAGCCGACGAUUACACUCGACGGUGAUGCAUUUCACCGGCCGGGCAGCCUCGAUCGAGCGACAGCUGGAAACCCCUGGCCUUUCUAACCUAAAUUCUAAAUUCUGUCAAUCUGUGCACGAAGCGAUGCGGAGAAGGGAUACGACGAGGAAAUAGCGCGUAUACGCUAAUUCCUUCUAUCUUUUCUUUCUCUCUCUCUCUCUCUCUUUCCUUUUCCCUCUCCUUCGAUUUUUUGACAGCUAAAAAUACAAUUUUUGUCACAGGCAGUCGCGACUAUUUCGGCGCCGGCGCCGCCGACCGUGAUCUCGGUCUUUUCCGCGGUCUCGAAGGUCUAUCCUUCGCGCGUUUUUCUUCUCUUCCUCGUACUUUGUGAAAAAAAGAAUCCGAUACGAUCGAUACGUUAAAAUCUCGCGUCGAUUUGUUUACCAUCUUCCCGCGAUCGAACGUGGCUAAGAUUAAGUAAAUACGAGCAAUGAUUGAUGACGAUAAUAAUGCGAUGAACACACGGACGAUCGAAUGUAUUGCAGCAGCCGGAUAAAAAAAAGAAACGAGCACGCGAACCGGUAUUGAAUUAACUGGAUAUGAAUGCGUGAAGAAUGCAUACCGGGAGAUCGGAUGUCGAUUUAUUUUUGCCGCGCGUUAUCGCGUCGUAUCGCUCGCGCUUUAUGGGAGAAACGUAAUAGAAUUCAUUAGCAUAAAUGUUCCUUUAUCCUUGGGAUAAUAUUACUUUUAGACUGAUAUUUUUCUUAUUGAUAUUUCCAAGUUUUUUCGCAUUUAAACGUAAAUGCAAAUAUUUCAAGAUGUGCUCCAGCUAAGAAUCUCCGCAAAGGAAACAUUUAAACUCCGUGAGAGACUCGAGGAGGGGAAACGACAAUUACAUAAAUAAGCUGACUUAUUUGUGUCUACGUUGUGCGUGAUUGGCGGCAGAGAGAUUGAAUAGAUUGAGCAAACCGAGAGCGCGGAGAAUGAAUCUUCGCGCGUAGGACGCGAUCUGCGAAUGAGGCAUAGUUAUUCGGGAACAGAGAGAGAGAGAGAGAGAGAAAUGUGUUUUUGAAUGUUUUCGAAGGAAGAACAUACCUCAAACCUUUUAUGGAGAUAUGAAAUUCAUCAUGUCGCAUCACAUUGUUACCGUCUGCGUGGUGUGUGUACUGUGCGCCGCACAUGUACCCUGCUCGGCGCAUACAAAUCUAUCAGCAACGAUGCACAAUUCGACAAAUACCAGAGAUCCCUCGAGUCCAAAUAUACAACCAUCUUCGACGCUAAUAAGUUCCAAGAAUACACAUCCAUAUGCAAAAAGUCAAAGCUCGUAUCCGAAUAACAUUGUUAGCAAUAAACGCGACACUGUAAGAUUUCAAAAUACGCGAUACAUUAAUCGUAAUAAUAAUAAUAAUAUCCCGGUAGUCGUUAAUGCAGUACCAACUGCAUCGCAUGAUGCUUACCUUAUUAAGAAGGAGAUAAUGGAAAAUUUCAAAGGCGGUGGGAAUGUACGAAGUACGCAGCCGUCGAUUGAGAGCGAGGAUAUGUCUGUAAAUUCGAGAAAUGUGGAGCUUUCGAAGCGACUCGCUCAACCGGAAUUAUUAUCAAAUGUAAAAGAUAAGUCUGCAGAUUUACAUACCAAUUAUAGAUCUAGAUUAAAAAGAGAUGUAACUGUAGACGAAACGUACCUCACAAAAAAGAUUUUCGAGGCCUAUGGUGAUGGAACGAGUAUGACUAUGGAAGGUUUCAAGAAACUUGUCCGAAAGCUGGGUCUACACAAAUUGAUUGAUGCAUCGAAGUUGGAAAAUGGUGGAACUGAAACAAGUAACAGUAAGAGUUAUCCAAAUAAUGGCCUACAUGACACAAAUAGCAAGAAUAACAAAGAAAGGUGCUUAAAUAUCCAAGAAUUGUUGAGUAUCAUUGCACAGGAUAAGCAUUAUACUUCCGAUAAUAAUAGCACAAUAAUGCCCAGUUGGCUGUUCGAACGCGUGUGCCCAGCUCUUGUAUAUCAAUUAGCAGCCGAAUCCAGUUCAGAAAGGAAUGGCUGUAUACGGGUACCAGAAAAUUAUAAACCCGUUAAAUCUCGCGAUAAGUUUUAUACAGAAGAUUCAGUACGCAAUACUGUAAAAGUUUGGGUAUAUUCAACAGCUAGUAUUUUCGUAAUUAGUCUUAGUGGGCUGCUCGGAGUAGCAGUAAUUCCAAUCAUGAAAAAGAAUUACUAUCAUCAUGUGCUACAAUUUUUAGUUGCAUUGGCCAUAGGUACUUUAAUCGGUGAUGCCCUUAUACAUCUAUUACCACAUGCAAUGAUGCCUCCCCAUUAUCAUGAACAUAAUGAACAUGAUGAUCAUUAUCAUCACGAAGAGAACAGCACUUUAUUAUUUAAUCAUGUGGAGCAACAUAACUUAAAUAUGUGGAAAGGAUUAGUCACUAUGAUGGGUGUUGUGACCUUUUUCUUUACUGAGAAAGCAUUAAUCAUAUUAGCUGAAUGGCGAAAACGUCGACAACGUCGAAAACAUCGGAACAAGUUACCUACGCGUGUACGAGUAAUGAGAGAGAGUGAUGGGCCAAACAGUAACGUUGUUGGUGAAAAGCUAUGUAAACACAAGUAUUCAUCAUAUCCAUAUUGUUAUGGUGAGAUUGCUAGCGAAACUCAAGAAAUGUAUGUAGAUAAUCAUCACAAUUGUCAAAUUAAUCAUCACGAGAGACCACCUAUUAUCGAGGAAGAGAAACCAUUGACAUCAAAUUGUAACUCCACGAAAAUCGUUACUAAUGACAUGGAGAAGAAACCAAAGGAUGAUUGGAGAUUAGAUGAUUCGAUUGUCAAUAACGCAAAGAAAAACGCUGACGGUGCCAACGUGUCGUUAAACGAGUCGGAAAGCUAUACCGUUAUCUUACGGGAGCACGAGAACAGACAUCACGGCCAUAGUCAUUCUCAUGGUCACGUACAUUCGGCUCCAGAAUCCAUGUCUAGCGUAGCUUGGAUGGUUGUUAUGGGAGAUGGUUUACACAAUUUCACAGAUGGUAUGGCUAUCGGUGCGGCAUUCUCAGCAAACAUUGCGGGCGGAUUUUCAACGGCUAUUGCUGUUCUCUGUCAUGAGUUGCCUCACGAACUUGGCGACUUUGCAGUGUUGUUAAGAGCGGGUAUGAGCACUAAACAGGCUGUUUUUUAUAAUGUAUUAUCUUCGGUGCUCUGUUUAUUUGGUAUGAUAUUUGGAGUAAUAUUAGGAAGUACUCCUGCCGCGACCAGCUGGGUAUUCGCAGCUGCCGCUGGGAUAUUUAUAUACAUAGCAUUAGUAGAUAUGAUACCAGAACUAUCAUCGAGUCAUUCCGCGGAAAGUAGUUCGCGAUGGCAGUGUAUUUGGCAAGGUUUAGGGUUAUCGACAGGCCUUGGGAUUAUGUUACUUAUCGCCGCUUACGAGUACGAUCUUAAGCACAUUUUCGAUAACUAAAGUAAUUUCUCUUGUAAUCAUGUUGUAUCGAUAUUACAAAAUACAUUUCUUCUUCCUAUUA